UUCAUGCUGGGGUUGUAUUGGUACGGAGCGCAGUAGACAGGACAAGCAUUGGCUGUUGUAUUAUUUUUAUUUUUUUCCCCUCUUAUUUUCACAAGCGUCCCAAACAGCACAGUGAUUCUGGAUAUUACAUUACAGCCUUGCAAGACGGAAGAUGGCGACUGUCAUUCAUAACCCUUUAAAAACGCUGGGUGACCAGUUUUAUAAAGAGGCCAUUGAGCACUGUCGCAGCUACAAUGCCCGUCUCUGUGCUGAGCGCAGCGUGCGGAUGCCCUUCUUGGACUCCCAAACUGGCGUGGCACAGAACAACUGCUACAUCUGGAUGGAAAAGCGCCACCGCCGACCAGGCCAGGCGGCGGGGCAGAUGUAUACGUACCCCGCUCGUUGCUGGAGGAAAAAGAGGCGACUCCACCCACCCCUGGAUCCUCAGCUCCGCCUGUGUGAGCUCCGGCUAGAAGCAGAUCUGGCCCCCAAGCGCGAGGGGCCUCCGGGGGAGGCCACCACCUUGGAGGCCCUCCUGAGGGGGGACAGCCUUUUGGAGAAAAAAAACAGCCUCAGUAAAGAUGAAGAGACACUGCUUGAAAUCCAGAGAGUUCUGGAGGCGGAGGAAAACGGGGACAGCUUCCAUGAAGAUGAAGAGUUGGAAGCAGAUGUGCCAAAGAAAAAGAACAGGCACAGAGGCAAAAGCAGAGGGUCGGCUCGCAGAAGGACAGAAUCGGUCACCGCUGAAGACCAGGACAAACCGUACAUCUGUGACAAUAGGCACAAACAAAAGCAUAACUCAAAAAAGGCUGAAGAAGUCUGUGGGAAGCGCUACAAGAACCGGCCGGGCCUGAGCUACCACUACACCCACACUCACCUGGCCGAGGAGGAAGGCGAAGAGGAGAAGGACGCGGAGACGGCGCCGCCGUCGCCUCACAGUUCAGAUAACCACAAACCUCAGAAGGGCUCUGAUGGCACCAUCAUUCCCAACGACUACUGUGACUUCUGCUUGGGAGACCAGGACUCUAACAGGAAAACAGGGCAGGCAGAGGAGUUGGUGUCCUGCUCCGACUGUGGCCGUUCAGGCCACCCCACGUGUUUGCAGUUCACGGAGAACAUGAUGCAGGCGGUGAGGACGUAUCAGUGGCAGUGCAUCGAGUGCAAGUCCUGCAGCCUGUGCGGCACCUCCGAGAACGAUGACCAGCUGUUGUUCUGUGAUGACUGCGAUCGGGGAUAUCACAUGUACUGCCUGAAACCUCCGAUGACACAACCUCCUGAAGGGAGCUGGAGCUGUCACUUGUGUCUGGACCUGUUAAAAGACAAGGCCUCAGCCCACAUAGAAGCAUAAUGGGAACCAUCGACUCACAUGCGCAGUACACAAUACCGCGGAAACACAUUGACACCCCUUUCAGCUGUUCCACACUUUGUCACAUCACAACCAAAUCAUGUUUUUAAUUCCGAUUAAAUAAAAAGUUCAUUCAAAUUCGUUCCAGCAAAAAUAAAAUAAAACGAAAAAUGCGCCUGCAUAUGUAUUCAGUGCCUUGAAUCAAAACUUUGGUUUCCCACCUUCCACCUUUCUGGUGAGUCAGGUCCCGACUCAAGUCUUUUGCAGCUUCUAAUAGGUUCCCCUUAAUUCAAUUCAGUUCAGAGUCGUCCUUCAUUUAGCACCAUUCAUCUUCCCAUCAACCCUCACCAGCUUCUCAGGCCAUGCUGAAGAAAAGCAAACCCCCGUAGCAUGAUGCUGCCACCACCGUGUAGUAUUAGGCAGAUGUGCAGUAUUAGUUUUCUGCCACACAGUGUUUUUAUAUGCCGGCCAGAAAGUUCUGUUUUGGCCUCAUCUGACCACAGCUCAUUCUUUGACAUGUUUGCCAUAUGAACGCCGUGGCUCGUGUCAAACUUUAAGUAGCUCUUUUUGUGGCUUCCUGUUAAUAGUGUUAUUAUUCUUGCCACUCCUCCUUCAAGCCAGAUUUGUGGACUGAACUGCAAUAGUUGCUCUGUAAACAUAUUCUCCUUCCUGAUCCUUGGAUCUCUGCAACUCCUCCAGAGUUACCACUGGCGUCUUGGCCUGUUUAUCUGAUUAAGGCUCUCCUUACUCGGUUUGCAGUUGUGCAAACCUACAGAUACGUAUAUUCUUCUUGUUUUCAGAAUCUUGACUAAACAGCACUCUGUGGGAUGUUUAAAGCAUGGAAUAUUAUUUUAGCAGAGCUAACUCUGCUCUAAACGUCUCAGCAACUUUAUCCCUGCCCUAUCUGCCCUGUUUCUCGGGUUGUUUAAUUACACACAAAUGGACUCUAAUAACACCUCCAUUGCUGACCUGCAAUGUUUCCUGACCUUUUAUUGUAUGAAUACUUGCCAGUAAGGUGGCUGUGUGGGGUUUUUAUUUGGCGGUAUCUGAUUAAAGGGGGUUGAAUACAAAUGCAGUCCACACCAAGCAUUAUUUUUAUUUGGAAAACACAUGUACGCUUUUCCUCCCACUUCAGAAAUCACACACCACUUUGUAUUAGUCAAUCACAUAAAAUCUGAAUAACAUGUUUUAAAAAUCGAGGGUUGCAACGUGACCAAAUGGAGAUAAUCGUAAGAGCUGUCGUUUUUUUGUUUUUCUUUUUUUGCAAGGCACUGUACAAUAUGCUGGUGAAGAUUCUCAGUCAUCCAGGUCAUGGU